AUGGGUUUCUCCACAUUGGAUGAACAAAUUAAUGCACUCAAUGCUCUUCACAUCAGUAGUGCGAAGACUCUUGACAACUUCGCCGACACGUCAAGGGCCAUUGCAGAGCGCGCCCGCCGCAUCACUGCAGAUGUACAGCCGUGGGAAAUAGCACAAGAAAACAUCGCUUCUACUAUUGAAGAAAUGUCAAGAGCAGCCCGCUGUUACCAUCCACCACCAUCCCUUCGACUCGUAUUAGCUCGUAAAGAGAAAAAACCAGAAGCACUGUGUAAGUGUAUUGAUUAUCUUGUUUUUACUGAUAACUAUCUCGCAUCUCAUCCACCAAAUCCUUAUGCAGAUCAAAUUGCAGCAAACAUCGCAGAACAAUUAAAUACUGUAGUAAAAGUGGCUGAAGAUACCGUGAAGGAGUCUUUUAUAACCGCACUUCAGAAAGACCAAUUAGCUAGAGAAGGUGAUAAUGAAAAACGCACUACAUCAACCCAUUUUCUUAUUCACAAACCUGAAGCUUUAAAUGGUAUUGAUAAAGUGAUACAUAGACUUGGAGAAAAUUUUAAUCGUACAGAUGUUGUUUCUGUAGAUGUGAAGCAACUUUUAGGUGAACAUAUGUUGCGAACGGUGAAUUCCCUUCUUGAGAGUUGUGCCAAAGAAGAUGAAAUUCAACCUUAUAGUACUAUUACAGUCCGUCAUGGUGUAGCUCCUAUGCGAAAAAAUUAUCAAAAAGGAAGUCAUUAUCUUCUUGCAAUUUCUUCUAAAGCUCGUCAACUCGUUACGGAAAGUUCAGAUUGUCUGAAACGUUAUGUUUUAGAUCCAUUAAAUGAUUCUUUUGAUGUGGUUGAAAUUCCAAGUGAAUUAGGUACUAUGGUUUUUGAUUGUGUAAAAGAUAAAUGUUUUUCAGCUAUAGAAGUAAAUGAGGGAAUGUUUUCAGAUCCUACACGUAUGUUUGUACUUUCUCGAGGUGAGGGUAUUGGAUUAUUUGGUGUAAGACAAAAUUUUCGAGAUAUUAUAUUUGUAGGUUUAGAACUUCUUGAGGAUUUAUGGAAAUGGAAAUUACUUGCAGAAAGUUUACCUGGAGAUAAUCAUAACUUUCUUGAUCAUGUGGAUAAUGUAGUAGAAAAGUUUCUCUUUGAAGUGAGAGAUCUUUUGGAUUUCUAUGUUACUUGUAAAGGAUCUUUAGAACCUGGACUAUUAAAAGAAUAUACACGAACUCUACACCGUACAGAGUGGUAUCCAUCACUUGAUUGCUCUGCCCAUGUCUCCGUUACUAAUCAAGUAUAUCUACAUAAAGUAUUAUUAACAAAUUAUUAUGGAGCAAUGAAACUUGCCCUACAUGGAUCUUUGUUAAAUACGAAUGCUGAAUCAAGAGCUGUACAAGAGGUUGAAGAUUAUAUGAUGCGAUGUGUUUUUGGAACCUUGCGAGACUUGGAAGUUAUUGCUGAAACUGCACAAGAAAUUCAACUUGAUGCUAUGGAAGAUGUAGGUUCUAAUAAUAAUAAUCAUAAUCUUCUUCAACAUCUUAGUAAUUUCCAUUUGGGAUCUAAUUCACAUCAUGCUAAGGAUCGAAGUCAUCUUAUUUCACCAGCUAUAUUUAUGCUAAACAAUAUUAUUUUCUUUAUUGAAAGUUACCGUAAAGAGGCUUGUUUUCAUCAGCGACGUCUUAUUCUUGAAAAGAGCAUAGAUACAAAGAAAAAAAAUACUUCCAGAGGAAAACAAGAGGAAGAAGAAGAACCAUCUGUGCCUAUUGUUUCUAAUAUAAUUGCUAUGCUUGAGGAUGAAAAAAGACGAUAUGUUGACGAGUUCGCCGCAUCUUGGUCAGGCUGUUUUCCACCAAUAAGUACAGAUCCUCGUCUAGCAUCUUUCAACGCAUCAACAGAGGAACUAAAUAAGUCUCAGCGUAUGGCCGUUAAACAUUGGUAUCGAGAUACGGCGGAAGCCUUGACGAAGCGAAUUGAUGCCUGUCGUAACUUUGCUGUGCUCGACGCAUCCCAGCGAAAUGCUUUGAUUGAAGCCUCUGUAGUGGCUGUACGAGAGGAGUUUAACUUGAUGGAAUUAAAACUUGGAGGGAAAACCUGGUCUGACCGUCCGUUGAAAUGGAUGGUGCGUGAUGUGGAACAAUGGACAGAUCUACUAAACAAGUUGUUUUAG